AGCAAACACCCCUCCUUCGCCUCUCCCAACACCAGCAACCACUUAUUUCCUCCAACUGAACCUGAGCCCCUCUCACGCCACGAAUCCCAGGUACGUACUUCUUUCUGAAAGCCUCUUCUUGACCAAUUGACUCAACACCAUCUCCAUCACCUCCAAUUCCCUUCCCUUGAUAAGCCACCGCAAUCCCCCCCUCCCCCUCGCUUUCGCCUGCUCCGGUCUCGUUGCCCUACAAUAUCCCUCACACCCCACCUUAUUUUUUCUUCUGCUGGAUCCCGACAGCUCCCAAGCUUCUGCCACCUCACAUCAACUGACAAUCUUUUUACCACCAGAACUACAUAAGGUAUCCCUCCAUCCUCAUCCAUUCCACUCUGCUGCCUAGAAUUUAUUGUCAAUAACUAACAAUUCCUCCUCCCCAGAAAUCGUACAUCAUGGCCAUCACCAAGAUCCACGCUCGUUCGGUCUACGACUCUCGGGGAAACCCAACCGUCGAGGUCGACGUUGUCACCGAGACUGGUCUUCAUCGUGCCAUCGUUCCUUCCGGAGCUUCCACCGGUUCGUCCCUACCCAUUCCACAAUCCCCGAGACGAAGCUGAUUUGAGAUGCCAUACAGGUCAACACGAGGCUGUUGAGCUCCGUGACGGAGACAAGGCCAAGUGGGGUGGAAAGGGUGUCACAAAGGCUGUUGCCAACGUCAACGACAUCAUUGGCCCAGCUCUCAUCAAGGAGAACCUGGAUGUCAAGGAGCAAUCGAAGAUCGAUGAAUUCUUGAUCAAGCUCGACGGAACUGCCAACAAGGGAAAGUUUGGUGCCAAUGCCAUUCUUGGUGUCUCUCUCGCUGUUGCCAAGGCCGGUGCUGCUGAGAAGGUAACAGAUUCUGAUAUGGAUAUGACGAUGUUCAGGUACUGAUACUGACUUUCGUAGCAAAUCCCUCUUUACGCCCACGUUUCCGACCUUGCCGGUACCAAGAAGCCAUAUGUUCUUCCAGUUCCUUUCAUGAACGUUCUCAACGGAGGGUAUGUCAAACGCAAUAUAUUUAAACACAAUAAAAUAUAUUGCGAUCACCAAACUGACAUAACAUAGAUCCCACGCUGGUGGACGCUUGGCAUUCCAAGAGUUCAUGAUCGUUCCAUCGUAGGUUUUUCUGACUGAGAGCCAAAUAGGAAAUUCUAACGACGUCUAGAUCCGCCCCAUCCUUCACCGAGGCUCUCCGUCAAGGUGCUGAGGUCUACCAAAUCUUGAAGGGUCUUGCCAAGAAGAAGUACGGACAAUCCGCUGGUAACGUCGGUGACGAGGGUGGUGUUGCACCAGAUAUUCAGACUGCUGAGGAGGCUCUUGAGCUUAUCACCGACGCCAUCGAGCAGGCUGGUUACACUGGAAAGGUCCACAUUGCUAUGGAUGUCGCCUCAAGCGAGUUCUACAAGGAGGACGUCAAGAAGUACGACUUGGACUUCAAGAACCCAGACAGUGACCCAACCAAGUGGCUCACCUAUGAGGAGCUUGCUGCUCAAUACCAGUCCCUCGCCAAGAAAUAUCCAAUUGUCAGCAUCGAGGAUCCAUUCGCCGAGGAUGACUGGGAGGCAUGGAGCUACUUCUACAAGACCUCCGACUUCCAAAUUGUCGGUGAUGACUUGACUGUCACCAACCCUAUCCGUAUCAAGAAGGCUAUUGAGCUCAAGUCUUGCAACUCUCUCUUGCUCAAGGUCAACCAAAUCGGUACCCUCACUGAGUCUAUCCAGGCUGCCAAGGACUCUUACGCCGCUGGAUGGGGUGUCAUGGUUUCUCACCGAUCUGGUGAGACGGAGGAUGUUACCAUUGCUGAUAUUGUCGUCGGUAUCCGAGCUGGACAAAUCAAGACUGGUGCCCCAGCCCGAUCUGAGCGUUUGGCCAAGUUGAACCAAAUCUUGAGAAUAGAGGAGGAGCUUGGUGACAAGGCCAUCUAUGCUGGUGAGAAGUUCCGAACUGCCGUCAACUUGUAGAUUGAAAUUGGUUUUGGCGAUAGGUUGGCUUGUGAGCAGGCUUGUGAUCAUUGAUGAAGUGAUCCGGGAUUUCCAAAAAGGCUCGUUGCUCUGAUAUUUAAUGCUCGA